GACGAGCUCGGGCCGAAGCACUGGAGCGACAAACGCUACGAAAACCUGAUGAGGCUGAAGCAGGAGGCUCUCACCUACGCUCGGGAGCAGCGGGCAGACUAUGUUCUGUUUGUGGACACUGACAGCAUCCUGACCAACAACCAGACCCUCAAGUUUCUCAUGGCGCAGAACAAGUCAGUGGUGGCCCCCAUGCUGGACUCGCAGACCUUCUACUCCAACUUCUGGUGUGGCAUCACGCCCCAGGGGUACUACCGCCGGACAGCUGACUACUUCCCCACCAAGAACCGUCAGCGAGUGGGCUGCUUCUCUGUCCCCAUGGUCUACGCCACCUUCCUGAUCGACCUGCGGAAGGAGGAGACGUCGCGGUUGGCUUUCUACCCGCCCCAUCCCAACUACACCUGGGCCUUUGACGACAUCAUCGUCUUUGCCUACUCCUGCCAGGCGGCUGGUGCGGAUGUCCAUGUGUGCAACCAGCAGCGCUUUGGCUACAUCAACGUCCCCGUGAAGGCCCACCAGACGCUGGAGGACGAAUGCGCCAACUUUGUGCAUCUCACGCUGGAGGCCAUGGUGGAUGGCCCCCCCAUGCAGCGCUCCAGGCACAUUUCUCUCCUCCCCAAGCCACUCACAAAAAUGGGCUUUGAUGAAAUCUUCCUCAUCAACCUGGUGCGGAGGCCGGACCGGCGCCAGCGCAUGCUGGCAUCCCUGCGGGAGCUGGAGAUCGCCCCGCGGGUGGGGGACGCCGUGGGUGGGAGGGGCACAGCGGAGGGCACCAGCCCCCUGGGCACCCUCAACAGCAGCGACAUCAAGGUGCUGGGGGUGGACCUGCUCCCCGGGUACUACGACCCCUUCUCAGGCCGCACGCUCACCAAGGGCGAGGUCGGCUGCUUCCUCAGCCACUACAACGUCUGGAAGGAGAUCGUGUCGCGGGGGCUGGAGCGGUCGGUGGUCUUCGAGGACGACGUGCGCUUCGAGGCCGCCUUCCCAGCACGGCUGCAGCGGCUGAUGGAGGAGCUGGAGGGGGCACAGCAGGACUGGGACCUCAUGUAG